CCAGGCAGGCCGAAACGGAGGUAGUGGGGGUGGCGUUCCCACGGGGGCUGCCUUCCCACGAGCUGGCCACACCUUCCUACGUUCAGUGUGCAGACACAUCCAUCGCAUCGCCGCCGGGCCGCCGCGCCCCAAGCAGGCAUGAGCACGGCCGCCAUUCCGCCGCCAAACAGCAUCCUGGGGCCCGGCGUCCCGAGAGAGGGAGCCCGCAUCGCGCCGCGCCUCGCCGAGGAGGCGCUCCGCCGAGCGGCGCCUCCCGCCGCGUCGGCCCUCUCGCAGUGCGUGGCCCGCGCCCGGGCGCCGGCGCCGCUUGACGCGCUGCUGGUGGUGAUGAUGGCCUCGGCCGGCCGCGGCGCCGCGCUUGCCGCGCACGCCCGCACCUGGCUCCGCGCGGUCCGCGCCUUCAUCGUGUGCGACCGGCCGCCCGACCCGGCGCUCGGCCUGGUCAACAGCAGCCGGAUGCGGAUCGCGGUGCUGUCGGGCGUGGCGGGCUGCCGAAACUCGGACCUGUACUCGACGGCGAUCGUGCUCGGCAACCGCACCUUCCCCGACUACUCGUGGAUGCUCUUUACCGAGGACGACACCUUCUUCGUCCCUCGCAGCCUCGCCUCCUUCCUGGGCAUCUUCGACCCGCAGAUGCCGCUCUGGUUCUCGGCGCACGGCUGCGAGGCGUCCUACCCGCCGGUCGCGUGCGUGGACUCCCGCUACCAGCGCGCGGCCGAGCGACACGUGGCGCCGCACCUGCGCGGUGGCCGGGCGGCGCAGCUGCUGCAGCCGAUGUUUGGGCCCGCCUUCGCAAAGCUGGACGGGCGGGGUCGCCGCGUCGACCUGCGCGGCCGCAACAUGUCCGCCUACGUCCGCGACGUCACCUCCAACUGCGGCGGACUCGGCUGCGUCUUUUCGCGCGCGCUGGUGCACGGUCUGCCGGCGUCCGACCUCGAGGCGUGCCACGGCUGCGCGGUCGGCAUCGCCGACCUCCAGACCUCGCGCUGCAUGUACGGCAGCUCGGGGGUGGGGCCGAUCGGCGUGCCCGCCUUCUCGUGGGGGCAGAGCGCGGCGCGUGCGCUCGAGGGGCCGCCAGAGGGCCUCGCACCGCGCGGCCGGCAGCCUGGCGGGCCUCGGCGGGGAGGCGCGCUCGGCAUCUUCUCGGUGCACAUGCGGAGCCAGUGGGGGCGGGCGCACCAGCGCGGCCAGCAGCUCGACGAUCCCCUCAAGGCGUCCCUGCACCACCCCGCUGACCCCUCCCGGAACUCGCUCGUAGACCAGCAGCUCAACGAGACGGUCGAGGCGGCGCACCGGAGCGGCGAGGCGCUGCACGCCGCCAUCGCGCGCCUCGAGGCGGACGGCCAGCGGGACGCGUCCGCAGAGGCGGAGCGGCGGCGCGUGUGCUGCCAGCUGGUGACGGCCGACUUGCCCAUCUGCGAGAAUGGUUGCACGCCGUGGCCGGCCGCCACUCGGUCGCACUCGUCGUGGUGCGAGGAUCCGCACGCAGCGCCGCCGCCGCGCGAGGAGGAGUCGCCCCUCGCGGCUGGUGAGCUGCGGAGCCGGCCGCUCGAGGCGCGGAGCGGAGACGGAGGGUCGCUUAACGGCACCCCCGCGCGGUGCCGAGCGGCCCAGGGCCGGCCAAGGGACUAA